UGAAGAAAUACUUAACUCACCAAAAGCAGAAAAUGAUGAACAUGAAUAGCAAAGAAACACUUGUUCUACUCAUAGUAUCUUGCUUCCUAACUUGUGGUAGCUUUGCACAAGAUACACUUGUACCUGCUAUCAUGACAUUUGGUGACUCUGCAGUUGAUGUAGGAAAUAAUGACUACCUUCCUACUCUUUUUAAGGCUAAUUACCCUCCUUAUGGUAGAGAUUUUACUAAUAAACAACCAACUGGGAGGUUUUGCAAUGGCAAGUUAGCUACUGAUUUUACAGCUGAAACACUUGGUUUUACGAGUUUUGCACCUGCAUAUCUUAGUCCACAGGCAUCAGGGAAGAACCUCCUUCUUGGAGCAAACUUCGCUUCAGCUGCAUCUGGUUAUGAUGAAAAGGCUGCUACGUUGAAUCAUGCAAUUCCAUUGUCCCAACAGUUAGAAUAUUUCAAGGAAUAUCAAGGAAAGUUGGCUCAGGUUGCUGGCAGUAAAAAGGCUGCAUCAAUUAUCAAGGAUUCUUUGUAUGUAUUGAGUGCUGGAAGCAGUGACUUUGUACAAAAUUAUUAUACCAAUCCUUGGAUCAACCAAGCAAUCACUGUUGAUCAGUAUUCAUCUUACCUGUUAGACUCAUUCACAAACUUUAUUAAGGGCGUGUAUGGAUUAGGAGCUCGGAAAAUUGGAGUGACUUCACUUCCACCAUUGGGUUGCCUACCUGCUGCAAGGACUUUAUUUGGUUACCAUGAGAAUGGUUGUGUCGCAAGAAUCAACACUGAUGCUCAAGGAUUUAACAAGAAAGUCAGCUCAGCUGCAUCAAAUCUUCAAAAGCAACUUCCCGGUCUAAAGAUUGUGAUUUUUGAUAUUUACAAGCCUCUCUAUGACCUUGUUCAAAACCCUUCAAAUUUCGGUUUUGCUGAGGCAGGAAAAGGGUGCUGUGGUACAGGACUUGUAGAAACAACAUCAUUGUUGUGCAAUCCAAAAUCACUAGGAACUUGUUCUAAUGCAACUCAGUAUGUGUUUUGGGAUAGUGUUCAUCCUUCAGAAGCUGCUAAUCAAGUUCUAGCUGAUAAUUUAAUUAUAGCAGGCAUAGCUCUUAUCACAUAAGGACUCGUCGUUAUUUCUCUCUGCUAUAUAUUGCUGUGUACAAGUACAACUACACAUUAUAAUUGAAGUCAUUCCAAAGUUUCCUAUUUUUACCGAUGAUUCUAGAAGAAUCUUUACUCUAUGUACUUUAUAUCGUCCGAAACUUCAUAUAAACUCUGUUUGUAAAACAUUUUAUGAUAGGUAAGUUUCUGCUUAAUAUUGAUAAAUGUACUGUACUAUUUUUGGUGGUUUGUUUUGGACUACCACAUAUGAAAUGCAAUCAUGGAGAAUUUAAAUCCAUGCGUAUUGUUCUCC